UAUUUUGACAGUACGCCGCCCUCCAUCCGACCGUUCUCAUCACAUCAGCCAUUUUCCAUCGUUUCUAUUCGACCAUUUUUGCACGAGAGAGAGAGAGAGAGAGUGAGAGAGAGGGACGAGAAGAGGGGUAGUCACCAGAUCUCAUCCUAGCACACACGUUCGCGUGCGUGUGUCGUCGCGAUUCGCAUCUCUAACCAAUCAUUUUUCUUCUUAAGAGAAUUUAAGUUACACCCUUUUAUCUCUUUCGUAACGAGGUCAGUCGAUAAAACCUCCUACCCCCUCGAGUGAAUUUGUUUUUUAGUGUUCGUGUUACUUUAACAGUGUGUGUGUGUUUGUGUGUUGUUUAUUUCCAAAUGGGUGGAAGGGUUUUCAUUUGAUUUUAAGUUAAGUAUCGGACAUUAGAUUGAAUUUGAAGUGUCUUGAAUAAGAUAAUACAAUGGAAUGGACUAUUUUAUUAUACCAAUUAGUAUAUUUUUGUAUUUACAAAAUUCAGUUACGUGUCGACAGUGAUAUCAAAUGUAAUUUUACAAAAAUGGGGUUGUGAUCAAAGGGAGAGAGAGAGAGAGAAGAAAAAAAUUAGAUACGUGCACAUAUAUAUAUAAAAGAAGAACAAUUAAUGAAAAAUAAGUUGGUAUAUGAUAUGAAAUUGUAUCGUUGGUGGAAAUUGUUGUGCCUACUCAACUCAUUUCUCGUUUCAUCAGACAUCAGUUAAGUGCUUGGAAUUUCAAUCUAAAGUUUCUCACGAAUGGAAUACUCUGCUUUCUCUCGCAAGUAGAAACGGAUCCACCUCAGUCGCCAGUACGAUCCCUUUCGAAGCGGUGGCGUCAGGGGCGAGUAAGUGAACGCGCGCACGAAUAAGAAAGAAAGAGAAAGAAAGAGAAAGAGAAAGAGAAUCAGCGUCCAUCGGUGCAUUCAAGGUGGGCGGAUGCCGCUGUCCGCGUCAAGGACACGUGUCCCCGGGCAAAGGAGUUGAGAACAAUGAGGAUUUCAGCGUGCCGAGAAUGCAAACUCUUCGUUACUGUCGUUACCAUCACUGGAACAACUUCGACAGAUCUGUCAACCUUCUAUGAACCCAACUUGAUUUUUAUCAAAACGAAUAUAAAUUAAUGAAGGGAUUUAUAUCAUUCAUUUAUUUAAAAAAACAACCAUUUUUUUCUAUUACUCGAGCGUUCGUUUAAUUGGGAAAUUCAUGAGAAGAUAAUAUGUUUGUAAAUGUGAUUGAAAUUUUUUACGAAAUUCAAUUGGGAUUUUGUUGUUUUUAUUCUGGAAUAAUAUAUUUAUAUAGAUUGAAAUAAAUGAAGGAAUUGAUAAUAAUUGAUAGAUCAAAAUUUCUUCAUAUUUUGGUUUUCUCUAAAGUUAGGAAAUUGAAGAGAAAAAAGAUUAGACGAAUCUGAGGAGAAAGAUGAAACGGAAUGAAUCUGUCGGAAGUGUAUACAAAAGAUUUAGGAAUUCCUAGUUUUAAAAAAUACAAAUAUUUUUACUUCUAAUAUAUUCAUUGAAAAGACUGCAACACACAAAUUUUCAAGAGAAGGAAAGAGUGUGAUAUAUAAAUAAUAAAUCGAAUAAGAUGAAUCAUUUUAAUUGGAAACUGCCAGAAGUGGAUACGAAAGAUUAGGAAAUAAAACAAACACAGCUCUUCUAACUCGUUCAAACAAAUCUUCAUAUGAAUCAAAUAAAGUUACUCUGGAAAGAUAAAUGAAACGGAAAGAGAAGUUUGAUUCGUAAUAUUUUCUUUAAUUAGUGAGACCAAUAAAAUUAUAACUUGCGAAGCUCUGAAGAGGAAGAAACAUAGGAAAUCUCGAAGAAAGUUGAAGAAAGAGAAAGAGAGAGAUAAAUUAACGAGCCGAACAGGAUGAAUCAUUUCGAUUGGAAGCUUCUACGCCGGAAGAAGGUGAUACCGGCUGAUCGUCGGUUACCCGAAAAAGAAGAAAUCUGGACGCUACCGAAUGAUCAACAAGAAACAUCGACUGCUUCCUUAGAUGAUAUCAUCGAUGAUAAAUCAAAGGUUCCUCAUGAGUUAGACAAAGUCUCUUAUAAAACUCAAGAAUCUAUUCCUUUAGAUAUUACGGAUAACACGGAUAUUAAUUUGCCACGUAGUCAAGAGACUAGGAAAAGUAAAACGAAGAGAGUUAAGAGUUACCUUCGCAAAUGCAAGGGUGCUCUUUCUAAAGGUGACGAAAGUGUUAACGAAAAAAAACGUCAAGAGAAUUGUACAUCUUGGUAUUUCGAUGAUAAUCAAUCAUCGUUGACUCGUCGCGAAGAAAACGACGAUUAUUUCGAAAAGUAUACCGAACUUUCCGAGGAUAGGCUUAAUCAACAACAAAAUGAUCCCGAGGAGACAACUUCCAACGAAAUUACCGUGGAUGUUCUCGCGAAAACAUCGGAAGAAGAGUCAAAUGUUAAUCCUGAAUGUGAAAAUAGAAUAUCCGUUAGCGAAAACAACGGGAUUGAUGUCGCUAUUAAACAAUGUGAAUCAGAUGAACGACAAACUUGUAGUAAGGAAUACGAAGAGGUGAUCGAUACAGUGACUAUCAUUAAUUUAUCUAAAGAGAAUACGAAUUUGGACAAGUGCAAUUCGAGCGAUACUCUUAUCGCGGAAGUGUCGGAAUGUGUGAACGAAUUAAACGUAGAUUCGAGUGUGCAACGGAAUGAUGAGAAAAUUAAUUUUGAGGAAAAAGAAGAAGAAGAAGAAGAGGAGGAGGAAGAAGCAUCAAAUGAUCCUGAAAUUCCUUUGAUUUUACCUCUCCCAGCGGCUCGUGGUGAUGUCGCCUCCUUAGUACGGAAUCUACUUGGACCAAUUUAUGGCGAUGGUGUUAUCAAUUUGUUGAUAAGACAGGCGCGAGACAUCCUAGUAUGCGCUUAUUACGGAAACCUGGAGAACUUUGUAAAAUCUUAUCUUUCACCCGCCGCAUAUCUACUCUCAAAGGUGAAAAACGUUGCCUCAGAAACGGGUAAUGAAUUAGUGGUGCCAGAGGGUUGGCCUUUGACGAUAGGUGGGAGAGCCCUUGUCCUGCAGUUGGGCGAACUCGAAGCUUCGGCACUAAGACUUGGGGAAUGUUACCUCUGUGUACGGAGUGCAGCAGUAACAGCAAGCACUUUGUCGAGCGGUACCGUGGCCGCUGCUGCUGCUGCUGCUGCUGUUGAAAUCGUCGAGCGGAAUACCGUCGAGAUAGCAGUGAUCUGGCGAGCAACGUCGAUGAGGGCCCCAGGGAUCCUCGGUUGGGAGCGUGAGGACGAGUUUAUGGAUUGGCGGGAACCUUCGCGAAAAACUCAACACAAUUCUGCAACAAUAACAGGGUCCAAUAGCGGUGCUAGUACGAGUACGACAACGACGGUAGCCCGUGCACGUCGUAGGUCGCGCGAAACAGGAAAAAGUGUUAAAGAAGACAAAAGAAAAGAAGAAGGAGAAGAAGAAGAAAAAGAGGAAACGAAAGAAAAAAAAGAAAAAGAAAAAGAAGAAGAAGAAGUAGUGGAAAGAUCAAAGGAAGGAUCAGAAAAUUCCGAUGUUGGGCAUACGAGUUCGAGUAUUUUGACGGCUAUGACGCCGGUGACAAAAUCAAAUUCGACGUCUAGCGUCAUAUGUUGGAAAAACGAUAUAGAAGAUAGUGAUAGUGGAUUUGAAAAAUAUCCCCAACAACAGCAACAACACCACCACCACCACCACCAUCAUCAGCAGCAAUUGCAAGAGGAAUUAACCGAGGAGGGUUUCGAAUCGUCGUCUAGUCUUUCAGCAAAAGUGAAAAGGUGCGCCAAGGUUGUAUCCCCAACGAUAAUGGAAAAGUGGAAGGAAAGUGGUAGAUGCGAAACAAGAAGCAGACCAAUCGCACCGGAGGAUCUUAAGAGUCCUCUUAGGUUGGAACAACUUGUGGGAAGGCAGGAAGUUGAAAAGAGGAGGGAAACGAGGAAGGAGCAACUGGAAGAACGACUACAGAAAGCUCGACACCUCGAGGACGUAACCGACGAGGAACUGCCGACUUACAUCGCCAAUCUUCUCGUCACCGUUGAGCGAAAGAUCGAAAGGGUCUCCCUCGAUGAUCUUACAUUCCCCUGUCCUGCCUGCAGGAACAUAGACACGGACGAUCCUCUCCUUGGUUGCAAGUGUGCAGGUGAAGAUUGUGCCUGCGGCGAGCACGGUCCUGAAGACGAGUGUGAUUGCGGCACGGCAUCUUCCAUAACAUCGAAUUCAAGGAAAGAUCAAUGUGCCAGAAGCUUCGAAGUGGCUGGCAUCAAACAUAUCGACAGCGACGACGAGGAAGAAGUUCGUAUGGGAUUCGGAACGAAAAAACGAGCCGACGAAGUCACUUCACCCAGGACGAUUCAUGACGUACCGGAACACGUUUUGACAUGCGGUCUGACACUGCCCGGAUAUACGGACACAGCAGGAAGACCGGUUCUCGAAUUUGAGGACACAACAAAGAGGGAAAACCUCACCGUCAAAGAAAUUUCAUCUUUUUUGCUCUACCUCGCCCGUUUGCCCAGUUCAGAACACACGAAAGAUGGAUUGAGUUUACUCGUUCGUGGUGAAUCUAUGGAAUGUUUGGAUCUUCUGGAUAAAGCAUUGUUUCUUUUACAAGGAAGAAUCAAUGUGAGUCAAGCAUUCAUCUUACGAAGUAAUACAGAAAACUCAGCGAACGACUCCAUGUUACCUCUUAGUCGUGUCAAAACGAUUGUAAUAAACGAUACGACGAUCAAUAAAUAUCUAAGAGAAAGGCGCGAAAGGAAUCACGAUCAAACGCAGUGGAUUACAUUUUACAAGGAAUACGAUGGGUUAAUGAGCGAAUGGCAUGCAGCUGGGCGGAGAUUAGCGCUGGAAAUGUCAGAAUUAAAAGAAUGCACAAAUUUGUCCAGCACCUUGACGCCUCUCGGUCGGCUCCUAACGGACCUAACAUUGAGAAGAACGUCUAGGGACGCUGAAGUAGCCAUUGCAGCUUUGGAAGAACGUGCUACACCGCUUUUACACAUCGAUUAUGUCAAAUUAUCUCUACAACGAGCAAGAAGAUUGAUGGAGGAAGUUGGUAACGCAGCAACGAGACUGGAAUCUUCAUUUGAAUCACGUAGAGCAACUAUACGCAAUCUCGCUGUACUUCGAAGUAUCGAGGAUCAAGCACGCGAGGUACUGUCGUGGCUCUGCAAAAAAGGUGAAGACGUAUUGUCGAAACACGCACAACACUCAGCAACAACGCUCUCAGCAGCUCGUCAUCACGAGAGGGAAUUUGAAAAGUUUUACUUUACGUCGAUGAGACACAUCGACAAAGGAAGCGACCUCGCAGAGGCUGCGAGUGCCAGCGGACUCCGUGAACUCGCGAGAUCCUUGAAACAACAUUUGCGAGGAUUUGGUUCAAGAUUAGAGGAUAGACGGGAGUAUCUCGAGGAUACGUCGAGAUGUUGUCUGCUACAGGAUCGUGCUUACGAGUGGGCCCAGGAGGCUCGCGUGGCCGCCGAAAGGAGAUCCCAACAAUUUCUUAUGGCGAGGCCGCCCCUCCCACCGGAACAUUUCAACGAGAUGAUGGCGCUCGCUGAAAAACUCGGUAACGAGAUACUACUUGAACAAUGUCGCAUUGCCAGGAGCAAGUGUGCGGAAGCAUUAGAAAUUGCUAGGACUUCUUCGGCACCUGGUUCACCAGCUAGAAGAAGAUCUUUUGCCACUUCGGACUCCGCCACUUCCUGGGACGACAGCUUGACGAAGAGAACUUCAUGGGACGAUAGUGAUAGCACCGCAUCUUACGCAUGUCCGAUGGAAAGUGUUGGAUCCGCCGGAAGUGGAGGUCGACCGGUAUUGGACAACAUUGCCGAACUUCGGGAAAGUGCUGAACAACUUCUCGAUUGUUCACCACCAAGAACACCACCGAGAAGUCCAGCACCCCGAAGAUUGGUCAAACCUCCGGUUAAUUCGCAUCUUCAUAGGGCGGCUAGUAUAGCACCCGGAAUGAAAGCCAAAAAAACGAUACUUCUUAUAAUGAGAGAGAUGAUACAAACUGAACGAGACUAUGUGAAGUCGUUGGAAUAUAUAAUAGAGAAUUACAUCCCGGAGCUCGUGCGUGAGGAUAUACCCCAAGCUUUAAGAGGUCAAAGAAACGUAAUCUUUGGUAACGUCGAGAAGAUCUAUGAAUUCCAUAGUCAACAUUUCUUACGGGAGUUAGAACAAUGUGAACAGUCACCUAUGCUCGUGGGACAAUGCUUUUUAAGACACGAAAAGAAAUUUUAUCUUUAUGCACUUUACAAUAAGAACAAACCAAAUUCGGACUCGUUAAUGGCCGAAUAUGGGACAGCAUUCUUCAAGCAGAAACAAAUGGAACUGGGAGAUAAAAUGGAUCUAGCUAGUUAUCUUUUAAAACCUGUCCAACGAAUGGGAAAGUAUGCAUUGCUCCUCCAACAAUUAGUCAAAGCUGGGACGGAUCUUUCCGAACAAAUGUCUGGCAAAGAUGAGAAAGAAGAAAAAGAGGAUAGCGUAAAACCAGUAGUGGAGGGAGAGGCUGAUUUAAGAGCUGCUGAACAGAUGGUACGGUUCCAACUUAGGCAUGGAAAUGACCUCCUGGCGAUGGACUCCCUCCGAGAUUGCGACGUAAACGUCAAAGAGCAAGGUAGACUGUUAAGACAAAAUGAAUUUUUGGUUUGGCAAGGUAAAGGAAAGAAGUGUCUACGUCAAGUUUUUCUAUUCGAGGAUUUGAUACUCUUCAGUAAAGCGAGAAGAUUCCCCGACAGAAAGAACCUUGACAUAUACAUCUACAAACACAGUAUCAAAACGACGGAUAUAGGUUUAACCGCAGUGAUCGCGGAUUCACCAACAAAAUUCGAGAUUUGGUUCCGCAAAAGGAAGCCUGGCGACACGUACACGUUGCAAUGCGCAAGCGAGGAUAUAAAAAAAGCUUGGACCGAGGAAUUGAGCAAUCUUCUGUGGAAGCAGGCGCUUCGAAACAGAGAAGUGCGCCUGGCGGAGAUGUCGAGCAUGGGCAUAGGAAACAAACCUUGUUUGGACAUUAGGCCUAGCGCUGAUCAAAUAAACGAUCGUUCCAUCAGCGUAGCUCAACUUUCGAAAACAGCACCAAGAUUCAGAAACUCGAUAGCAGUCUCGAUGUCAGAAGAUUCCGGACGUUGCAGUAGAAGACCGCACAGCGUAAUUUCAGUAAGUUCAUCAUCGAGUAGCGGUGGUAGCAGCGGACCACCUACCACCCAUAAUCUCGGUUUGGAUACGAGUCCCCGACCUCAUCAUCGAAGCACUACUUUAAACAGUCAGUGCAGCGUCGAAAGCGGAAUAAUAGCUGAUAUAUCGAUCGUCUCGGACGACGGUGGUGAUGGCACUGAAAGGAGUCAUUGGAAUUCGACAUUGGAAAGUCCCAUGUCACAUUUACCAACAACCUCAACUCCAUUACAAUCACCAAGCAGUGCAACGGUGGCAACGGUUACCACAGCUUCUUCCUCGGACACCAAUCUAACGCCUUACGAUCAAGACAUGUCCAUCAAUCUUUGAACUAUAACUCGCUCGACGAUGUCCAAACGGGAGUUGAAACUCUUCGCAGGACAGAAAAUAAUAGAGAUAACGCGCGGUGUUGAUUCACUCGCAAUUAUUACAUACAUUUAAAUAACGUCUAUGUCUCUUACGUUCGAUGUAGCGUGAUGUGCAGGUGGUCUAAGUGGCAUAUUAGUUAGGUGCAAAAAAGAGAAAUAAUAUUCUAAAGGGCGUAAACGUAAUUGUAGUAGAGUUUCGAGAUAUCACAAUUUUAUUCUGUGCGAAAAUAAUUACUUCGAAUAAACAGAAACAUAAAAUUCAUACAAAAAGAAAGAAAGAAAAAAAAAAGAAAAAGAAAAAAGGAAGAAAUGAGUUAGAGUGUAUGUCGAGUACAGAUUCAAA